CGCCGGGCGGGAUGUCCCGGAGCUGACGGGCCGGGCCGGGAGGAGCGGGGCUCGGCGGAGUGCGCAGGGACCUUCCUUAACAAUGUGAGAAGGGACUCACUCAAGCAUACUGUGGAUUUUUUAUCUGUACAUACCACUUGAUUAUUGUCUGUGUUCUACUGAUCAACCUGAAAAGAAAGAUCAAACAAAAAUUGUUGUCAGCUUUGCCCUAAAGCUGCCUGAAAUUUAUGACUCCUUUUGGAGAAACUACCUGGACUGUUAGAAAUGGAGCAGCUCAGGCUGUGUCUCUGAUCAGCAGAGCUCUCUGCGUGGAGUACAGAAAUCAAGUUGCCUUAAGUCAAACCAUAUGCAGGUUGCACUAAUUGUUGUAACUACUGCUGAUACCACUCCAGACUUCACUAGGACUUUCCAAGACAGUUGUUUCUCACGUGGCUUGAAUGUUUUCAACUGAUGUUUGAAUAUUUCUAUUCAAUCUGGUGUGGCUGUGCAAAGUCAAAGGGGUUUAUUUUUGCCUGCUAAAUUAAUGGUGAAUUUUGAAGCCUCACUUCCGAGUGGGAUCUGUGCUAUGGCAGCAACCUACAGGCUUAUGGUCACAACUGUGAACUGCUACAGCAGCGUGGUGAUAGAACAGCACUUUCAGCACACAGUGCAUUACUGCACGGGGACCUGCCAGGUGUUUAAGCAAGGAGUUGCAUGUAUUGUUGCCCACCACAGUGUGUGUGCAGAACUCGGUGUCCAAGAUGCCAACCUAGACCACAAAAUUCCAGUUUCUGAAAAUGGCCUUGCCUUACCUGGGAAUGAGGACUAUCAGCAAAUACUCCUGAAUAAUCCCAGAAUCAAAAAGGGCUCUUCGGUGCAAGCUUCUGGCAGUUUGAAAGACAUUACUGGUGAGGCAAUAAAUCUCGCCAGUGGUAAAAUAAAGGAAUUCUCGUUUGAGAAGCUCAAAAACUCUUCCAAUCAUGUGGCCUACAGAAAGGGGAGGAAAGUUCGUUCAGAAUCAUUCAGCAGACGAUCAUUUGAUUUUGACAUGAUUUAUGGGCACUUCAGCAACGAUGAGAACUCUCCUCCGUGUGGCUUUUUGCAGAGUCCCUCGCCUGUGGAGAAAUGGCAGGAGAGCAAUGAUGCUCCAGAAGUCAGUAUGAAUCCCAUGGUUCCCUUCUCACCUCAUUCCUUCUCUGACGAAAACUUCAUUACCCAGAUUUUGGAGAAGCACAAGCUGGAUGGUUCUUCUGGUGGAGAUAUUAAAGUGUGCUUAGACAUCUUGCUCAAGUGCUCAGAGGAUCUGAAGAAGUGCACUGACAUAAUAAAGCACUGCAUCAAAAAGAAAUCAGCAGACAGUGUUAGUGGAGGGAAUAGCAGUGAUCCUCUGGCUAGUUCAGAAAUGAUAUACGUGAAUCUGAUGAGAAGAUUUUCUUCAUACCUGAAAAAGCUGCCCUUUGAGUUCAAGCCACCUGGGCACAAGGAGGCAGGUGAUCUUGGAGAAUUAGUGAACUGUUUUCAUGGCUUGCAGCAAACUCCCUUUUCGCCAAUAUUUGGAGAUGAGCAGCCACCUAGGUAUGAAGAUAUUAUUCAGCUUCCAUCCUCAAAUGCAGUUCCUGUCAGACCACCAGGCGACCAGUGUGAGGUGACAAGUGCCUCUCAGUCCAUCCAAACAAGCACUGUGAGCUUUACCUCAAACUCCCUUUGCAGCACCUCACAGGAGAACACUGUGAGAGCUGUGAAAGAUGCUUGUGUUCUACCUCAGUUAUCAGCCACAAGCCCUUCUGACUGCACACCUUCCACUGAGGUUUUGUACAUCGAGGAAGAGUCAGAUGGGGAAAGAGUGUUGGAGAAAACAACGAGGGCAAAGGAGAAGGAGGACUGGGAGAGUUUAAAGCAUAGCUACCAGCUAUCUGGUUCUUCAGAUGCGAUUGCUGAUGGUAAAGCAGAACCUACCAGGGUAGGAGGUGAACUUUCUCACGCUUCUGAGAAAAGUAAUCUUUUAAAACCAGUUUCAGAUUCUGUAUUGCGUGGUUCUCAAGCUGGCGUCUCCAAAGGAGAACAGACGUGCAAGAUAGACAAGGAUGAAAUAGAUAAACUGCUGCUGGACUUGGAGCACUUCUCACAGAAAAUGGAGAGUACUUUUAGGGAGCCCCCUCCAAAGGAGAGCGAACCUGCCAGUCUGCAGGUGUUUGGCUGGCAGGGUAGGCCGGUACUACCUGUGGCUCUUGAACCCAAAAGUAAACCCAGUGACCCCACUUCCCCUUUGUCAAAAAUCAUGGAAACCAAUGGUCAUAAAAUGGAAGAAGAUGACAGAGCCCUUUUACUGCGUAUCUUAGAAAGCAUCGAGGACUUUGCCCAGGAACUAGUGGAAUUCCAGACAGGCAAAGGAAGCUUGUCCAAGGAGAAGGAAGUGAUGCAAAUUCUUCAGGAAACAUUAUCAACUCCUUCACAGUCCCUCCUUGCAGGGCAAAAAAGCCAUGCUGGGGCUGCCUCCAGAGACUCUGUUCCAGCUUUGAUUCAGCAGGCACCAGAAGUAAUUAAGGUUCAAAGCAAGCAAGAGAAGAAACCUGGAACGUCAUCCCCAGUCCCUUUGAACUCAGUGGUUAGCCCUUGUGCUCUGCCUGUGAAUAAAGCCACCAGCAGUACCCCUUUGUCCGUAAACAUUCCACGUUUCUACUUCCCUAAAGGACUUCCCAGUGUCUGCACUAAUCAUGAAGAGAUCAUUGCCAGGAUUGAAGAAGCCUUCACAGAGUUUGAAGAUGAGAAAGCCAACAUCUGUGAAAUGGGAAAAAUUGCAAAGAUAUGUGGCUGCCCACUCUACUGGAAAGCACCUAUGUUCAGUGCAUCAGGAGGACAAAGGACAGGAUGUGUAUCUGUGCACUCCUUUGUGUCUUUGUGGAGAAAAAUCUUACGUAACUGCCAUGAUGACGCAUCCAGAUUUGCUUACCUUGUAGCAAAGCCCAGCUGUGGUUACCUUGAGCAGGAGGACUUCAUCCCGCUGCUUCAGGACGUGGUAGAAACGCACCCUGGUCUGACGUUCCUAAAGGAUGCUCCAGAGUUCCAUUCCCGGUACAUCACCACGGUUAUACAAAGAAUAUUCUACACGGUCAAUCGAUCCUGGUCUGGGAAGAUCACCCUAACAGAGCUGAGGAAAAGCAACUUCUUACAAACUCUUGCUCUCUUGGAAGAAGAGGAUGACAUAAAUCAAAUCACAGAUUAUUUCUCCUACGAGCACUUCUAUGUUAUAUACUGUAAAUUCUGGGAGCUGGACACUGACCAUGACCUUUAUAUCAGCCAGAAGGACCUGGCUAGGUACAGUGAUCAAGCUCUAUCAAGCAGGAUUAUUGAGCGAAUAUUCAGCGGUGCUGUGGUGAGGGGAAAUGAAGUUCAGAAGGAAGGCCGCAUGAGUUAUGCUGAUUUUGUGUGGCUGCUGAUUUCAGAGGAAGACAAAAGAAAUGCUACAAGCAUUGAAUACUGGUUUCGCUGCAUGGACCUGGAUGGGGAUGGGGUGCUCUCCAUGUAUGAACUGGAAUACUUCUAUGAGGAGCAGUGUGAACGGAUGGAAGUGAUGGGCAUAGAACCACUGCCAUUUCAGGACUUGCUGUGUCAGAUGCUCGAUCUUGUUAAGCCAGAGAGAGAAGGACGAGUAACCCUGCGAGACUUGAAGAGAUGCAGAAUGGCUCAUGUGUUCUAUAACACGUUCUUCAAUUUAGAGAAAUACCUGGACAAUGAACAGAGAGAUCCCUUUGCAGUGCAAAAGGAUUUUGAAAACGAUGGCCCUGAACCUUCUGACUGGGACAGGUAUGCUGCUGAAGAGUACGAGAUCCUUGUGGCUGAGGAGUCUGGGAACGAACAGCUCCAAGAAGGAUCAUUUGAAGAAGACUAUGAGACAGAUGAAGUCUUAUCUCCCUCUGAAACUGGAGACAAGUCAAACUAGUUAUCUCAGAUCUCUUAGCAUAGAGAAUGGAAGAUGUGUAAUCAGUGUCUGUCGAACUGGAUAGCAGUCAGUCCCAAGAUGCUUAGGGACAGUUAGGGAUUUUUCUUAAGUCUGUCAUUGGAGCAAUGUGUUUUAUUUUGUACACUGUAACUUGAAACCCCCUUUUUUUUUUUCUUCUUGUGUAACUGCAAUAAGAUAAUUUCUUUAAAAUAGCUUUCUGCAAUGUGUUACUGUGCACACAUUAAAAAUGGUGAUUGCACCUUGUUUCCUUUAUAUCUUUUCAUAUAAAUGUCCCCAGAUGUGCAAUAAAUGCCAGCAUCUAAUGACAAACUCACAGCUGCGUGCAACAUCUACAGCGGUCAUUGGUUCAGUCCUGUGCCAUUGUGACUCUUUGACUUCACAACAGGAGUGACGGAAGUUGCCAAAUUAAUUUAUACAUAUAUGGCUAGAGAUCAUUUAAAACACAAAUCACAGUGCAGUCCUUGGUUUUGCUGGUGUCCUGAAUACCAAAGGCAACAUGCCUGCAGACAGGGAGAAUGAGGUCCCCUUCUGUGAUACAAAGCUCUUGUAGAUGGUACCAAACAAAUUGUACUUGUAUGCAUAUGUGAACAGUUAAAAUGAUGUCAUGUUUCUCUUAGAAUUUAUGAUACAAUUAACGUUUCUGCAUAUUCUUUUGUGUGUGAGAGGCUCUCCUGUAUGAAUACCAGUCAGGAUAGUGUUUUUUUCUCUGUAGAAGUGUUUUCUAGUAUAUUUACAAGAGAUGCAUGCACUGUUCAGCCAGUGUGCUGGAACUGCUGCGUUCUGUGUGCUUCAGUUCUGUUUCUUUCCUGUGCUCUUCCCUUCUCUUGUACUGCUAAUCUGUAGCCUUCUGCAAGGGUCUAAGCUGAUAUCAUGAAAAUACCUGCCUUACCCGUGUGUGGUAAAUUCCUGUUAACAGAGGGAUUCUUUACCUGGUAAAGAAAACCUCCAAAUAUUACUGAUUUUUUUUUUUCCACCCAUGAAACAGACCUAGAUUCAGAGAGAAAGCAGUGUAACUGAUGAAUUCUUGCUGUAAGUGCAAAAUUGAACUGACUUUCCCAUGGAAUUACAAUUGAUGUAGAAAGACAGAACCCAUUCACUUCAUAGACAGAUAGCUUGUGGAUACACAUGCUCACUGUUAUCCCAGCGUGUUUGGUGCAUAAAAAUGCUGCCCAGUGGUACAUUCAUCCCUAGAUGCUAUGUCUAAAUGUUGCUGUUAGUAACAAGUAAGGAAUUGGCUGAUCACUACAACCCAGCUUCAACUUUUCCAGGAGCCUUUGAAGUGUCACGCCUGCCUCCCGAUGCCCAGGUGGGACAUACUGCUGCCUUGCUGAGGUUAGUAACUCUCAUCAAGAUCAAAAUCUGAAAGGGAGGAAGUUAUCAGUUACACUGGGCUUGAAGAACUGUUCCCUUCCCCAUGAACAAUGUUGCUAUUUUAUCUAGAUCCAUAUACACAUCCCAGGAUCCUGGAUUUUUUCAUAUAUUGGGGGAACUUCUGGAUGCCCAGAUUCUUAGCAAAGGUACUUUGAGGUCAUCUCCAUUCUGCAGUGACAGAAUGAAGGAGGGGGCACUCUGACCAAGGCAGGAUAAGCCCCUUCAAAUGCAACGAGCACACAAGAGUAGCUCUGUUCAGCUCCAGGAUGUCUGAGUUACAUCUCCAUCACCACUGUAACCCUUGGAGAAGCUUAUGGAAUAAUUCCACAGAGAUCCACGUUCAGAAAAAACAUAAAUGAUUGCAAAAAUGAACAUAGGAUGGAAAUCACACAACAGCCAAUUAGAACCAGCUCUUUCUACUUCUUUCACCUGAAAGAACCAAGACAAAGCAUUUCACCUCUUUUCUUCAUUAUCUGGACCUGAAGUGGCCUUUUACUCUUCAAUAAGAUUUUAAAUCUCUCCAAAACAAAGAUUAUUCAAAGGAACAAGAACCUGACCUAUUCCAGGAUGGAAAGAAAGCAAACAAAGAGGAGUAUCCUAAGCCUGGUAAAAUCACCUGUUACAUUUUUAAGCUUUGGCUUCAGUGAGGCAGACAUUCGUGGCUUUUCUUCUGAGCUCUUUCACUCCCAAACCCAAGGAUUUCUUUUUUAAAAAACAGGUUCUCUGCUGCUCUAAUGACAGUGAUUCCAUUUGUCCCUUCUAGCAGGGCAACACCGUGACACCAGCCUAAGGAAUAAAAAAAUAAUAAAAAAGAAUAAAGGACAACUUAGGGCAGAAGUUUUGCCUCGUACAAGAACAAGCUACAGAAACUGUAUGUAGUAACUUAUAGCGUUUGCUUUCUGGAAAAGAAAUCUGUUCUCUGUCUUACUAAUCCAUGUGCAGGUAAUCAUAAUUCAGCUGUCACAGAUUAAUUAGUGAAUGAGGUAUUUAUUCUACGCCCCCUUUGUGUCUUAGCCCUGUCAAAACUUCUCGUGGUAAAUUUGGAAAUUCUGUCAUGCUCCUGGAGUUUCUGUUGUGGUUACAACAUCAGAAGAUCGGGGUGUUUGGGACUGCAGACACAGUGCCUGCUCCCCUGCAGCACACACCAGCUUCAGAGGCUGUGAAGCUCUCUGAAAUGAAGCCAACGAACCCAAGAAUUACAGCACAGAACACUCACAGGAACCCACUGCACUCGGGCUUUGCCUCCUGCCUGCAGCUGUCAGUGUCGCUGUAGAUGUCGCAUACCUUUAAAGACAGCUCUUACGUUUUUCUUUUUGGUUGUAAGUCUAUUAUGAGCUGGAUUCCUUUUGCUAAUGAAUAGUCAGAAAAGCGACUGCAAUUCAGUUCUGCAUGAUAAAAGAAUACGUGUUUGUUUGUCCCCUCUAGUCUGCUUUUGUUUGGCAAAAACAAGUCCCGUGUCCUUAGGAAAAAACCUUAUUUUCACAUUCACAAAUUUCCUCUGCACUGUUGAGACAGGAGAUGUGGUUCAAUACAACCACGUGCUGGAAUGGUACUAGGCUCAUUUUGUUCUUUUUCUCUGCAAUCUCGGUAGUAAUUCCUUCACCACGUUUUUCACCAGCAAGAAGCGCCCAGGCGCUGGCGCAGUUCCCCUUCUGCCGGCCUGCCACCACGCGGCAGUGUUGCAAAACAGACGCGGACAGCGAGAAAGAGGUGGCAGGCAGCCUCAGGUUGUCAGAAAGACUGCAGAAAACCUUUCUGCAAUGCUUUCGUGAACUAAGGAUGAAAGGAAGCUGACUUGAGAGACUCUGAACAAGGUCCGUGCUUAGUUUCUGAAAUAAAAUAUGCCUGAAAGAACAGGAAGGAAAAGAAGCGUACUUCUGGAGUACGGCACUUCACAGCAGCUGCAGGUCUACGCAAUGGAAGUGAACCUCAGUACGGAGCACGUGUUACUGUGAGAAAGAAUUCAGCAGUGCGUGGCCUUUCCCUCUGUUCUCUGUAUCGCUGGGUGAUGGUUCUAGAAACUGAGUAUUUAAAUAAUAAAGGUUCUUAUACUUUGUAAAAGUAGUUUUGGAUGCGUUUUGUGCUGGUAUGGUUUUAUCUUUGUAUUUCUACUUUGUAAUUUCUUCAUUUCUUUUUGGCAAAUAAAGGACUUCUGAAAUGAGGAGGUAAAA